AUGAAAGUGGAGCUCAUCCUUGAAGGUCUUCCUGAGGAGUACAAGUCCAUCAUUGACCAAGUGGAAAGCCGUGACACACCACCCACUCUUACUGAACUACAUGAGAAGCUCAUCAACCAUGAGUCCAAGCUGCUAUCCACACAACCUCUCCUGCCUACUCCCAUGAGUGCCAACGUUGCUCUGCCUCAGCGUCCCAACACCAACUAUCGCUCGCAGCACCGGUCCAACCAGCGCCACAACACCAACUGGCAGUCUUCUCCUCGUCCAUUCAAUGACUCCAGAUCUCCUCAACCGUAUCUUGGCCGCUGUCAUAUCUGUGGUGUUAUGGGACACAGUGCCAAACGUUGCUCUCAGCUGUUAAUGCUGCAAUAUUCUCCCAAUGCUCAAGCAUCCUCCGCUCUGGCUCCUUGGCAGCCACAGGCUCACUUCACUGCCGCAAAUUAUGCCACAAACAAUCCUUGGCUGUUGGAUUCCGCUGCUACACAUCACAUUUCCUCAGACCUUGCAAAUCUAAGUCUCCACCAGCCAUACAUUGGUGGCGAGGAAGUGAACGUUGGUGAUGGCAAAGGUCUCCCCAUCACUCACACUGGUUCAACUCAUCUGCCCUCUCCGUUUGGUCCUUUAUCUAUCAAAGAUGUUCUUUGUGUUCCAGAUAUUAAAAAGAAUCUCAUAUCUUUCUACCGUGAAGGAUCUGAGCACGGGGACCCUGUUACUCCAAGGACGAACUAA